CCAAGAAAUGUUUCUUGCCAAUGUCACAUGGCAUCACUCUCAGCAAGAAUCAAUGUCCUAAGACAUCUGAUGAGCUCGAGAGGAUGAGUGCGAUCCCGUAUGCUUCUGCUAUCGGGUCCAUCAUGUAUGCUAUGUUUUGUACACGCCCAGAUGUCUCCUAUGCUCUAAGUGUUACGAGCAGAUAUCAAUCGAACCCAGGUGAAUGUCACUGGGCUAUAGUAAAGAGUAUCCUCAAGUACAUGAGAAGAACUAAGGAUAUGUUCCUAGUCUAUGGAGGUGAGGAGGAGCUCGUUGUAAAUGGUUACACCGAUGCUAGCUUCCAAACCGACAAGGACGACUCGAGAUCGCAGUCUGGUUUUGUGUUCUGCCUCAAUGGAGGUGCGGUGAGUUGGAAGAGUUCCAAGCAAGAAACGGUUGCUGAUUCCACAACGGAGGCCGAGUAUAUCGCAGCUUCGGAAGCUGCAAAAGAGGCUGUUUGGAUCAGAAAAUUUGUUUCUGAGUUGGGUGUGGUCCCUAGUGCGUCCAGUCCAAUGGACCUCUAUUGUGACAAUAGUGGUGCCAUUGCACAAGCCAAGGAGCCUAGGUCGCACCAGAAGUCCAAGCACAUACUUCGGCGCUAUCACCUCAUUCGAGAGAUUAUUGAUAGAGGUGAUGUAAAGAUAUGCAAGGUGCACACGGAUUCGAAUAUUGCUGAUCCGUUGACAAAGCCUCUCCCACAGCCCAAGCAUGAGGCACACUUGAGCUCUAUGGGUAUUAGAUACUUGCGGGAUAGACUCUAGUGCAUGUGAGAGAAUGUGUUCUGUCUAUGCUAAUGUACUUUUGGAUAAUUGUUAUCUGGUUCCAUGAAUAAUUAUCAUUUACAUUGAUCAGCAAGUAUGUGACUUGUUUGUGAAACUCUUUAUUUUUAUGAUGUUAUUCUAAAUAGUCCCUAAUCUCAUAUCA